AUGGACUUUUUAACUCUGGAAGAAUCAAAAGGAGGAAUAUCAAACAUCUUAGUUAUAACAGAUCACUUCACCAAGUAUGCCUUAGCAAUUCCAACUCGUAACCAGACAGCAAAAACAACAGCUGAAACUUUAUUCAACAAUUUCAUUGUUCAUUAUGGUAUUCCGACCAGAUUACACUCAGACCAAGGAGCAAAUUUUGAGUCAGAUAUUAUUCAAGAACUCUGUCAUCUACUAAACACAAAGAAAAGUCGCACCACGAUAUACCAUCCUAUGGGAAAUUCCACGCCUGAGCGAUUUAAUAGAUCACUACUCAACAUGCUAGGAACACUCAAUGCAUCUCAGAAGCAAGACUGGAAGAAAUAUGUACCAUCACUAGUAUAUGCAUACAAUAGUACACCACAUGAGUCUACAAACGUUUCACCAUUUGAACUCAUGUUUGGUAGAAAACCUAAGCUUCCGAUAGACUCUAUGUUUGAACAAGUGACAGAAGAAGAAGAAACAACAAAAAGUGUAAACGAAUACAUAGAAGAUUUAAAGACAAGAAUGGCAUCAACAAGAGAAAUAGUAAAAGAAUUCAAUGACAAAGCUAGAGCUAAACAAAAAGAACAGUACGACAUCAAAGCUAAAGCAGCAAGAAUCAACAUUGGCGAUACAGUCUUGGUUAAAAUUUUAAGAUAUGAAGGGAAGCAUAAAAUAGCUGACAAAUUUGAAGAAGAAGUCUACGAAGUCAUUGACCAACCAAUACCAGAUGUCCCUGUAUUCAAGUUAAGAUCGGUAAAGUCCAAGAAGGAAAAAACUCUGCACAGAAAUCAUCUACAUCCUGUUAAUUAUAGGAAAAUAACAGAUGAUGCUGACACAGAGGAAUACACACAAGAGAAAGAAGAUCAUAGAGAGCAAUACAUACAAGAGAAAGGAGACAAAAAUAGAGUUAUAAGAGAAAAGAAAGAGAGAAAAGAGAAAGCCGACGUCGGAAAUGAUUCGGAGAAUGAAGCAGAGGAAGAGGAAUUUGUAUUACAUACAAAUGAUAGUGGGGACGCCCAUUUUCCUACUGUGAAACAUGUCUCUGGAGCAAGUGGAGAAAGUGAAGCAAGUGAAACAAGUGUAAUCAGUGGAACAAGUGGAAACAGUGAAGGAAGUAAUAGUAUUGAAUCAAGCGGAAAUAGUGUUCAUAGUGAGAACAGUGAACAAAUUGAAAUAAUAAAUCAAGAUGAAAUUCAUGAACAUGUUCAACCGGAGUCAGAUAUAAAUGAUGACGAAACAGUUAUUAUUGAUGACGACAUAGAAAUGAAUGAGGAAGAUAUUGCUCAUGAGCUUGGACAGGAAGAAGACAUCAAUAUGAUAGAUUCAGUGAAUACAAAUAUGGAUACAGGAACAAACAUUGAGGAGACAGAUAAAGCAGAAGGGACAGAGAAAACAAUAGAGGAGAUGCAUAUAACAACGGAAGAGACAGAUAUUACAACAGAAGAGACACAUGUAACAAACACAGAAGAGACACAUGUAACAAACACAGGAGAGACACAUAUAGUAGACACAGGAGAGACACAUGUAGUAGACACAGGAGAGACACAUAUAGUAGACACUGGAGAGACACAUAUAGUAGACACAGGAGAGACGCAUGUAGUAGACACAGGAGAGACACAUAUAGUAGACACUGGAGAGACACAUAUAGUAGACACAGGAGAGACACAUGUAAUAGACACAGGAGAGACACAUAUAACAACAGACGAGACAGAUUUAGUCACAGUACAGACAAAUCAAAAUAAAGGUGCAGAAUGUACACCAGAGGUACCUGCAGCACCUAAACCAGCACCAAGAAGGUCUACUAGAGAUAAGAAGCCUCCAUCAAAAUAUGAAGACUACUAUAUGAAUGCUGUGGUACCAAGACCAUAUGAUUCUAAAAUACAAGCUGUGGAUGUUUUGAUGAAAUCUGGUAUUUUAAAUCAAGUGGACACAGCCGUUGCUCAUAAACUACUAGAAGCCAUCAUGAAAUGAUUUGAAUUGAAUUGUUGUAUUACUUCAUUGUAUUGAAAUGUUAUAACAUUUAAUUCUGAUUUUAUGUAUUUUAAAAUGAAAACCAUUGUUUUAAUGUAUAUUAAUGUCUUCAUUAUAAAAAAGAGGGGAGGAGAGAUAUAUAAUAGUUAAACAUGGAACAUGAUUAACUAUAAUAUAAAUAAAUAUACAAACAAAUAAACAUUAAAAGUAUUGAAUGUUACUUAAUAUCUGAUUAUGUCAGAUAUUAAAUGCUACAUAAUGUUAUACAAACAAGUAAACAUUAAAGUAAUGAGUGUCACUUGAUAUCUGAUUAUUUCAGAUAUUAAAUGCUUAUGACAAUAAUGUUAUAAUGUAUAUAUAACUAUACAUUUGUAAAAUAGAAAGGUAAUUGUAAUGUAACAAUUAUUGUGUAACACACUGACAGAUUUUUUCGAGAUAAAAACUUUCUUUGUAUGUUUAUUAUUGUUUGUAAAUUUAAAAGAAAGACCAGACUGAAGACUGAAGACAUUUAUGACCAAUGACGGGACGUCAUUUUUUCAGACCAGGGAAGUAUGUAACAGGGUCUUAUUUUUAGGAUCAGGUCCAAGGGACAAUACUCUUGCUUUACUGUUGGAUUUUAUAAUUUAGCAAAGGGAGACAAAUCCGUCGGUCUUGUCUGAUACUUUUCAAGGGAGACUACUCUAUUGGUUUUAACUGAUUUUAUCUUAUGUUUACAUUGGUCAGUAUUCUAAGAAUUCAAAUGAUUGGUUCACGGAUCGUUGGUUUUAAGUUAUUUUUAUGUCAUGUGACUUAUUGGUGGGAAAAAGUCAUUGUGUCUUUGUUAUGUUGUAAAAGAGAGGUCAGAAGAAUUAGUGUUUGUGGUCAAGUUCUUUAUUUCCUAAGUUGGUAUGUAUUUAUCCUGACUGCUGCUAAAUGCUUUAUUGUAAAUAUGUAGAAUUGCAUUAUUGUGAUUCUGUUGUAUUUUGGAUCAGUCCAUUGAUUGUGAAAUUUGUAAAUAAGUAUGAGUUUCAGAAUGACAUGUAUCUAUCAAAUCACCUUUCAUCUUUUAUUCACUAUUAAUAUUUAACCUUGCAGUUAACAGUCACUGGUGUGAAAGUAAGAGAAGGUAUUAGUUAUAGAUUGAUGUACUACACUCAUCCCUCAGAUGAGUGUUGUUGGUUUGUACCUUAACUUGAUGUAACCACCAUACAGUAAUUGAAGAAUGGAUUGGAAUAUAUAAAUGAUAUAACUGUAAAGCUGUUUGUUGAAAUGAUUUAAUAAUCCCGAACUUACUUGACCCUCAGGGGCUCGGAUAGUUAUAUUUUAAAUUGCGCCGAACCACCCCUA